AUGUCUAAAAAUGAGACAUCAGCAAACGUGGCUGGAGGAUACAGCAGCUCCAUUUUGGAUGUUUUACGCUCUGCCUGUCAGAUUUCAAAAACUCUUGCGAUUCAAACUGAUGGAGGAAGCUACAAGGCCUUGACAUACCAGGAACUAUUUCGACUUGCAACAUUAGGUGGAAGUGAAGUACUGGGUCUGGAGGCGACGACUGGCAGCUUUGUCGUGGGAAAGGACUUUGACGCCAUUUUGGUCGACCCAUUGGUGGCGGAUUCGCCGUUUGAUGUCUUUUCUACUGACACUUUCUCUGAUGUACUUCAGAAGUUUCUGUUCUUAGGUGAUGACAGGAACAUGAUUGACGUGUUUGUGUCUGGGAAGCGGGUGUGUGGAAAUAAUAAAAUGGAAAACCCACGACAACCCAUUGUCCAGAAGUACAGGACACAAGCUGACAUAUAUCACAGCGAACACAGGAUACUGAGGUACCAUUUUGCACCACUUAAGACGUGAUUCAGAUGUUGUAUCUGAAUCUACAGUAUACCCUUGGAAGAAUACAAGGCUCCAUCGAAACCCGUGCUCGAGGAAUUUACCAAAGUGAUAAAUAGCGAAAACACUUAGUCGUUACACCAUCAUUAAGGUGAAGGCUGAUUAAAAACUGAAAUACUGUUUUAAUGAGCGUUAAGUCAAACUCAUAGAGAUCCU